UCUGCAACAAACACAGGUUCGUUUCACUCCUCCACUAUAUUUUAUUUUGUGAAGUAGACUUUGCGCUAUGUUAUGUGCAUAUUUUUAUAACAUUUCAUGAACUUUUUAACGCAAAUAAUUAACAAUGAAAUUACACACCAAAAUUCUGUGUCGCACCUUGCAAAUGGCCGACCCACCACUGAAUUCAAAACACUUUGUUAUUUUUUAUGUAAACCUUAUGAUCCAGUUCUAGAAAACCAUUAAUUAAUUAUGGAUAAUUUGUUAAUUAUUUUAUUUUACUGCUUUAUCCCUAAAAGAGAUUUAUAUUCGGGUGUUAAAGUAUUUUGUUUGAAUUAAAAGUAUCUAUCAUGAUAAUCCUUUCCGCUUUCCAAAUCUCUUCCCGCAUUUUGUGAGAAAAAAACUAAAAAUUUUGAAAACUUUGGUGAACUUGAUAUUUUGCUUGCGUAUUUUUUUGUUUAUUUACAUUUAUUACUUGAAAUAUUAUUGUAAUAAAAGUGCAAUAACUAGUAGAUUUGACCUUGAUCUUGCGUGCGUAUCGCUAGCGAUUGAUAUUCGAACGCAGGCACUAUGUUCUCCAUAAAAAAUGAAAAUAUUGAUGAACAACUAUUUGCCCGUCACAACAUACGAGUUUCACAGCUGGACCCAACCACCAGCAUGGCACAACAGGCUCAGAACUCCAAGAAGCUGAUCCAUCUGCCUAAAGUCCGCAUGCUGAGCCGUGGGCGCCCGCCUAGCUCCGGCGUGCGGAUCACUAAUGUGAAGAGCAUCAAGCCGCCCGACCCCGAGACCGCCAAGAAGCAGGAGGAAGAUAAGCUGAGGAAGAAGGUCCACAAAGAAAUAGAAGCGAGAUCCAAGUCCUGCGCGAACAAGAGCUAUGAGUGUCUGCUCCCCGUGGUCACCGGCAGGGAGUACUGUGCCGAGCACAUCCUGCAAGACCCAACCGCCCCGUACAAGCAGUGCUCACACACAUAUAAUAAUGACAAGCGGUGCCCACUGCCCGCUCCGGCGCAGCAGCUUAGUGACCGACGGGAUCAGGGGUUAUGCUUCGAGCACGCCCGCGCGGCGAUGGCGGCCCGGCAGCGCGCCGCCGCCCCCCCGAAACCCGUCGCGUCCACCGAGACGCUGCUCAACCAGCUGCAGCAUUAUAUCAAACCGGAGCGCACCCGCACCUUAUCCUGUGCAUCAUCAGUGUCGGUGGUGAGCGACCCCGCCGAGCAGGAGCAGCUGCCGGCAGCCGUGGACCCCUUCAAACAAAUGGACGCCGUGGCCGUGAACAACAAAUGGUGUGCGUCUAUAAUGGAGUGUGCCAGCGCCAGCGAGAGCGACGCGGAUAGCGUCACGUUAGGUCGGGAUGGCGACUGCCGCGGCGGCGUGGAUGAAGACGAGGACUCUGUCGAUGACGAACCGGACCACCCUGCAUACGCACUCAAACGCGCCGGAGUAUUCACAGCAGAAGAAGCGGUAACAGAAGCGAAGAACUGCCUCCAACUCUUACAGUCGGCCUACACGAGACAGAUGCGGCGUCUACGCGCGUUGUUGCAUCAGGCUAGAUAUGACUAUCUGAAGGCGCUGAAGACUGAGAGAGAGACUUGCUGCAGUAUCAACUCGCAAGCUCGCUCCAACCCGCUAACAGCCCGGGAGCGUCGGCAGCUGAGAAAGCUGAAGGCGUAUGCCAGUUUCCAUAGACGACACGGCACACCGGCGGUAUUGCAGAGGAAGCUCAUGAAGAAACGGGCCAAGGUGAACGAGCCGCCCUCCAACCGGCCCAUCCCGUCGCUCGGGCGCUGCGUGUUCUCCGAGUACGGCGCCCGCUGCGCGCUGCCCGCGCUGCCCGCCGCGCGCCACUGCCAGAGACACGUCAUGUGCGACCCACAACAAGUGUUAUUCGUGGCGUGCGGCGACACUCGCGGCGGCGUGUCGUGUCGCGAGGCGGCGCCGCGCCUGCCGCUGCCGUCCGCCGCCUGUCGCUACCACACCGCGCCGCCGCAUUACACAGCCUUCACGUUGAGAAAAGACGGUUCAGACUCGGACUCGGAGACCCACACGGCGUCCACCGUGUCCCGCUCGCCGUCGCCGCCGCGCGACCAGCCGGACACCUGACGGUACAUGGACCGACACUUCUAUAAUAUACUGUGAACAUGUGUGUGUAGUGGAGAUAUACGUCUAUGUCUACACUGUGAACAUUUGUGUGUAGUGGGGAGAUACUUCUAUAGUAUUAUGUGAAGAUUUGUGUGUGGAAAUAGGGGAGGAAUAAGGAAGAAAAUUGAUAGACACUUUCAUACCAUGUGAACAUUUGUGGCUAGAAAUAUUGGAGGAAUUAGUGAGGUGGAAAGUUAUUGAGUAUACCUUUUGAUGAUAAAUCUCCUUUCCACGAAAGUUUGUCUUGAAAAAACCGCAAUUUGUACCUAUGAGUUGCUAUACAGCAUGUUUCAAUAGUGGUAUACUUA